AACAUGAAAAUCCUCGUGGCCUUGGCAGUCUUUUUUCUCGUCUCCACUCAACUGUUUGCGGAAGAAAUCGGUGCCAACGAUGACCUAAAUUAUUGGUCCGACUGGUCCGACAGUGAUCAGAUCAAGGAAGAGCUGCCAGAGCCCUUUGAGCAUCUUCUGCAGAGAAUCGCCCGGAGACCCAAACCUCAGCAGUUCUUUGGAUUGAUGGGCAAACGGGAUGCUGAUUCCUCAAUUGAAAAACAAGUGGCCCUGUUAAAGGCUCUUUAUGGACAUGGCCAGAUCUCUCACAAAAGGCAUAAAACAGAUUCCUUUGUUGGACUAAUGGGCAAAAGAGCUUUAAAUUCUGUGGCUUAUGAAAGGAGUGCAAUGCAGAAUUAUGAAAGAAGACGUAAAUAAACUACCUACUGUAUUAUUUAUUCAGCAUCAUUCGUGUCAAUGGGCAAUGAACCGUAAAAUAAAAUAUGCACUAUAAGGAAUAAUUAUUUAUUUAAAAACAAUUGUUGUGAUGAGCUGAAAACUCAAAAAAGUGUUUAUUUUUCAUAUUGUGCCAAUAUGUGUUGCAAACUUGUGUUGUGGUUCUAACAUGAUGACUCCUUCAGAAGUAGAAAUCAGUGGUAAUUUCAAUGAGAUUGUGAAACUCUGUCAAUGGUACAUCCUCCAAGGAAAGAACCCCACUGAACAGACACGUCAGUUCCUGCUGAAAUGGAGAAAACCCUUGUACAGUCUGUGCUUCCCUGUUUGUUUUCAUGGUGAAAAUGUACUGAGACUGUGGUAUCAAACUGCAUUUGUGUCCUUGCAGCAUGUUUCAUGUUUUGUGACUAUAUAGAGAUGUUUUAAAAUUUUUUAAUGUGAUCCUAAGGUCUUCAUUCAUUAUAUGAUGUGUUGUGACAACUACAUUUUAAAUAAAAGGGGAAAAAAAUA